UCCUUUCAUCCCACACCUCUCUCUCUCUCUCUCUCUCUCUCUCUCUCUCUCUCUCUCUCUCUCUCUCUCAAAUUGCAUUUUGGGACUUUCCCAUUCUGAAAUUUUAGUAGGAAGAUGACAAUCAUCACUGAACAGCCUCAACUUGGAAUUGAUGUUGAUGAGAAGAAGAUUGCCGCUGAUUCAAAUGAAUUGAUAUUGGACGGUGGAUUUGUAGUGCCAGAAACAAAUUCGUUUGGCCACACUUAUAGGGAUUAUGAUGCCGAAAGCAAACGGAAGAAGACUGUCGAUGAAUUGUAUCGGAUGAAUCGCAGCCAACAGUCAUAUGACUUUGUGAAGAGAAUGAGAGAGGAGUAUGGCAAGUUGAACAAGGUUGAGAUGAGCAUCUGGGAAUGCUGUGAGCUCCUCAACUCAUUCGUUGAUGAAAGCGAUCCUGAUCUCGAUGAGUCUCAGCUCGAGCACGCGUUGCAAACGGCUGAGGCGAUCAGGAAGGAUUAUCCCGAUGAAGAUUGGCUGCACUUGACUGGCCUAAUUCAUGAUCUAGGAAAGGUUCUGCUUCAUCCUAGCUUCGGAGAGCUUCCCCAAUGGGCUGUUGUGGGAGACACGUUCCCCGUCGGGUGCGCUUUCGAUGAAUCCAACAUUCAUUACAAGUUCUUCGAUCAGAAUCCCGACUUCAAUAAUCCUGCUUACAACACAAAGCUUGGAGUUUAUUCAGAAGGAUGCGGACUCAACAAUGUACUGAUGUCGUGGGGUCACGACGACUAUUUGUACUUGGUGACCAAGGGAAACAAGACCACUCUACCUUCAAUUGCUCUGUUCAUUAUCAGAUACCAUUCGCUCUGCCCAUUACUCCAGACAGGAGCAUACAGAUACCUGAUGAAUGAGGAGGAUAUUGAAAAUCUAAAGUGGCUUGAAAUAUUCCACAAAUAUGACCUCUAUAGUAAGAGUGAUGUCCGGAUCGACGUCGAGAAAGUGAAGCCGUACUACUUAUCACUCAUCGAAAAGUACUUCCCUUCGAAGUUAAGAUGGUGAAGAUUGGAGCAGUCGAUUAUCAUCCUGAAGUGCUUGAUGCAAGAGUGCGGAUUUAUAAACUCUUGAGAGAUACUUCUUCAUAUGUUAGAUUGUAUUGUAUGUGCAAUAAAGGUGGUCUUCACUGAGGAGAAGAUCAUUCACAUUUUUAUUUUUUUGGAAGCUGUAAUUCUCGAAUGCUGCUGUCUGGUUUUCCACGUAUUGUUUGGUCAUCGAUUGGUGUAAUGCAUAAUCCGUUGAUUAAUAAGAGUGGAUUUGGAAUCCACACACUAUUGUUGUUUGA